CCGUAGCGUCUCCAUUUUCUUUGUUCUUUCCCCGGUAUCGAGCGAAAGACGGCAGUCGCAUCGUACCACCACAUUCCGCUCCAGACUGCGGUUCCCUCUCGCGAGCCCCUGCGGGUAGAAUGAGCAAACUUCCGAUGUCGAGCGUUGUCGAUUCGACAGCAAGCGAGGUUGGAGGAGUGGGUCGAUAAAGGCCGCCCACGUGGCCUCGCCAAACAAGGCCAAACAAUUCCCCUGGGGCUCUCGAGUUCGAGGAUGGCGACUUUGCCUAAUACGUUACACAGCCAGCUCGCUGUGGUCGACGUCUUCCUCGAUCACUCGGGCCAUACCAUACGCUGCUUUCUCUGUCUUGGACAACACACGCCGUAUCCCCUGCUCGUCGACGGCCGAUUUUUUCUCCCGCGGGCCACGAAUCACAGCCGCAAUAGGCUCUUCGAACUCACUUCAUACCUCCGAUAUCUUCGACCUCUAUCUGCCCGGGCUUUGGACGACGAGGACUUGUGUAGGGUGCGGGGGCGUUGCAGGAACUUUCCCAGUUCUUGUUUUCUCGCCCAUUGUUUUGUUCGAUGAACCCCAGCGACAAGCUGCUCAUACCAAACUACAGCCAGCAGGGCUUGUUCAACUUCAAUUUCCCAUCCCCAUCCCCAGCACCGGACCAUAACCAGUCUCUUGUUCUCAAGCUACCAACCAUGCCCAAUACGCGCAGCUCGGCACGUCAGAGGACCAACUCGAACGCCUCCGGUUCAGAGUACCAUGCCAGUAACGCAUCCAUGGACGUAGAUGACCUGGGCGUGCCCGAGGAGGAAGAGGAAGAGGAAAAGCCGAUGAAGAAAGUGGUGUUGACCACUUCCUCGCGUGGUCGCAAGCUCGUCGCGAGGUACUACAAAGAGUCGUCCGACGCCGAGGACCUAGAAGAAGACGGAGACGGCGACGAACUCAACUUGAUCGACGGUCCGCACGCCAACGACAACGACGAACGAGAGGACGGCCCCAUAAGGGCAGAAGAUGACGAUGACGAUGACGACGCACCGCGAUACCAGCUACGCACCCGGAAGAAGCGCAACAGCUUCAUCGCAUCGAGCGACGACGACGAUGCGGCCCGUGGUGGCCGCCUCCUCCGCAGCCAUUCGAAACCGUCUGGCUUGCAGACGAACGGCACCUCCGGCGGCCGUGCCUCCAGCUCGAAGCGCAAGCAACAGAAGCGUCGACCACCCCGCACAAGCUCGCGCCGCACGCGCGCGAACUCGAGGCAGGACGAGCAGGACGGGAACUACGAGGACGAAGGGUCGGCGAGCACCUCGGGCGGCUCGGCAGCCGGGUCGCUGGUCGAGGAAGACCCAGAGGAUGCGCUUGGCCUCGGUGCUGCAGAAGAUGCGGACGCAGAUGCAGAGGGUGAGCCGGAAGUCGAGGAGCAGGAGAACGACGGGAAGCCGUACUCGUUCCGACAGCGCGCCAAGGUCAACUAUGCGAUCCCGCCGCCGAUCGAGGAGAUGAGGGCUCCGCCCCCUAAGCCGCGGGGCGGAGGGAGGUCGAAUGGGCGGCCGUUCGGGCGCGCCAAGGCUCCAGGGUGGAGUGCGACGGGAGCGGAAUUGAGCAGGUGGAUCGGCGGCGGCGAUGACUCGGACUCCGAUUUCCCAACGCGCACCCCAAGGAAGAACCUAGGGAUGGGCGGAGCAGGAGGAGGGCUGUUUGCGGGUAGUGCAGGGACCGGUGGCCUACUACCUGGAGAUCUUGCAGCAGCAGCGGGCACUCCGUCCAACUUUGGUAAAGUUGGGGAUGCUGCCCUUGCGGAUGCAGAUCCUCUCGGCGUAAGUCAAAACGUGACCUUCGAUGAAGUUGGUGGUCUGGAUGAUCAUAUUAAUGCUCUGAAGGAGAUGACCUUGCUACCACUACUGUAUCCAGAAGUAUUUCAGCGUUUCAAUGUCACUCCCCCACGGGGCGUCCUAUUCCAUGGGCCUCCUGGCACUGGCAAAACGCUCCUUGCACGCGCACUGGCAGCCAGCUGUAGAUCGAAUGGCAAGGGCAUCUCAUUUUUCAUGCGCAAGGGUGCGGACUGCCUUUCAAAAUGGGUCGGUGAAGCCGAACGCCAACUCCGACUGCUCUUCGAGGAAGCCAGGAAUUCGCAGCCGAGCAUCAUCUUUUUCGACGAAAUCGACGGACUCGCGCCUGUGCGUUCAUCGAAGCAAGACCAGAUCCAUGCGUCCAUUGUGUCGACGCUCCUCGCGCUCAUGGACGGCAUGGACGGCCGCGGCCAGGUUGUCGUCAUUGGCGCGACGAACCGCCCGGACGCGAUCGACCCUGCUCUGCGCCGUCCGGGACGGUUUGACCGCGAAUUCUACUUCCCGUUGCCUCCUCUUGAUGCGCGCGAGCGAAUAUUGAAGAUCAUGACACGGAAGUGGGAAGGGUGGGAAGGCGAGAAGGGUGAGGAGAAUGCCAAGGGCCUCGCGAAGCUGACCAGGGGCUAUGGCGGUGCUGAUAUAAGAGCGUUGUGCACGGAAGCGGCGCUGAAUGCGGUACAGCGGCGAUAUCCGCAAAUAUACAAGUCCACGGAUCGUCUGAUCCUCAAGCCCGAGACCAUUAGCGUCGAGCUUCGUGACUUCAUGAUAUCUAUCAAGAAGCUCGUACCGUCGUCAGCUAGGGCAACCGCGCCUACGGCAUCCCCUCUCCCCGAGCAACUCGCCCCGCUUCUCCAAAGCGCACUAGAUAGAAUCAAGUCGGUCAUCAAUGACGUACUUCCUGUCGGUAAGAAGCGGACGGCGCUGGAAGAAGCCGAGUACGAAGACGAGGAGAGUCCAGAAAGCGCCCUCGAACGGGAACUCAUGCUACAGUCCAUGGAGACGCUGCGAGUGUACCGUCCGCGCGUCGUACUCUACGGACCUGUCGGGAUGGGCCAAGCCUAUGUGGCUGCAGCGGCUCUGCAUCACCUAGAAGGCUAUCAUGCCCAAAGUCUCGAUCUCGGCAACCUCCUCAGCGACUCGACACGGACAACAGAAGCUGCCAUCGUUCAACUAUUCGUCGAAGCGAAGCGGCAUCAGCCGUCAGUGGUAUACAUCCCGUCACUGUCGAGUUGGUGUGCUGCUGUUUCCGAGACGGCGCGGACGACGGUCCGCUCAAUGCUGGACAGCCUGGCACCAACAGAUCCAGUGCUCUUACUCGCUGUGGUCGACGGCCCCUUCGCUGCCCUGCCGAGGGACGUCAAAGCUUGGUUCGGCCCGACGCGGGAUAACCGAGUCGCUCUGGCGAAGCCGUCCGUUGAACAGAGGACGGGGUUCUUCGAGAAGCUUGUCAAGGACGUCACGCGGCCGCCGAAUCACUUCCCGGACGGUAUGAAACGCAAGAAGCGUGUGUUGGAGGAGCUGCCGAUAGCACCUCCCCUGGAGCCCCGUCAGCCCACCGCGGCUGAGCUGGCUAUGCAGCAAGAGGCCGACCAGCGCACCCAGACUCUCCUCAGAUAUCGUCUCGGCCCCAUCCUCACUGAAUUGAAGCGCAAGUUCAAGCGCUUCACGAAGCGCGCUUCGGAAGAGUACGGUGUGGACUUUGAACAACAGCGGCGGCAACAGGACGCUGUUUCCGUGCCGGCACAUCAGGUCGAGACCAUCACCACCACUGUUGAAGUCCGGCGAAGCCCCAACGGCGACACUGUCGAGGUCGUUAACGAAGAACAGAGGGUAGAACAAGUUAUUGACGUCGACCAGCCGAUGCCCCCUGCUGAAGCGCCUGUUGAUGCCGGCGUCAGUGAGACGGUUGCACAGGAGCAGAUCCAGAUCCAGCCUCAGCUUUUCGACGUCGACCUCGAGCGCAUGCACCUGGACUUGUACAGAGACAGAUACCUCACGCCUGAGGAUUUCCUCGACGACGUUCGCAAGAUUGUUCACAACGCCAACGCUCGUGCCAACGAGGACCCCGAUCGCUUGUUCAGGGCCCAGGCCAUGCUUACCGCGGCGGAGGUCAGCAUUCAGGACUUCGAUACGAACUUUCGACUCGAGUGUCAGCGGAUGGCGACGCGCGAGCUCAAGCGUCGCGAUGAGUACAGGCGCAAUAAGGCGAAGGAGAAGGCCGACGAAGAGGCACAAAACGCCCAGAACCAACCCACCAGGAGGAGCGCCCGGCAUACGGGCCAGCAGCCGGAGCUUGCCAUCACUGAUCCGCUCAAGCUCGAGCGGAGGCUCAAGCGUGCGCGGUCUGCGGGGGCGUCCGCGGAGCCGUCUGAGGAGGAGCCUGGUGAUGAGGCGCAUGCAGCAAAACGGUCGAGGGUGUCCAGCGCUGAGGCUGAUGGCCAAGCUGUCGCCGUCGGGCUAGAUGGAUUAUCGCCGUCACGGUCGCUCGCGGUGCGCUUUGUCGACGAUACCUCCCAGAUGGCAGGCCCGUCUACCCCGACGCGGCAUGCUAAUGGGGCUCCACUGGAAUACCCACCUGAUGGUCAAGGCGAAGAUGUGCUGUCAGAGUCACCGCGGAAACCAAGCGGAUUCGAUCCUUCGCUGCUCAAUCCCAUGUCACCGGAUGCCGAGGACAAAGCGUAUCUGAUGUCAACGCCGACGCGCUCCAUAUCGGAACUGCCUACUCAGCUAUCCCCUGUAUGUGCGCCGUCUGCAACACCAUCCGUUCCCACACCCAUGCCCAACGGCGUUGGCGAUGCUGCCGAACUUCCGUCUCAGUCAAUAACACACGAGGUGCCCAGUAUCGUUGAGACCGGAAUGGUGGUGGAUGACGUUCCUCGUACCCCUGUACCAGAACCACAGCCGGAACCGAUGGUCGUCGCGCGCACACCUACCCCUCUGCCCGACUUCGUUGUCGACGGGGAUGAAGUAGCGCAGCUGAAGGCCGACUUGUGCAACAAGACCGAGCCGCUCAACGUUGAGGAGCUGGAGCAGCUGCGCGCAGCGUGUCUGGCCCUGGUGUGGAAGCAUCGCUCGGAGUGGGAUCGUUCUGCUCUCAUCCGCGAGAUGCGCCAGGCGGUGGACAGGUUCGUGGACGAGGUUAAUCUCGAUGACAUGGAUUCGUCGUACGAGGGAUAAGGUCACGUUUUGCUGUACCAUCGGUUGCUGUACCAUCGGUUGCUACUAUCACAAUGUAUCGCUUACAUUAUUUGCCACUCGUUCGUUUUCUGUUGACAUAAUACCAGCAGUGUAAUAUCUCUUCGUUUCUGCGCUGUCACUCUAUAGUACAUACAAAUCUCGAAUACGCUCCCG